AUGACAGCUACAGUUGAUUGGAUUGUAAAAAAAUAUCUUCCUUUCUCAUUUUUCGAUGAUGAAGAUACACAGGAAUAUUUUCGAUCGAUUUGCCCGAGUACGAUAUUUCCUAAAAGGUCGACACUAAGAAGGAAAGUCAAAGAGCGAUUUGAAGAACUACAAUCGAAUGUUAAAAAUCGACUACAACAAUAUUCAUGUAAAAUGUCAUUUACCAUUGAUGGAUGGACGUCCAUUGCUGGUAGGAGUUACUACGGGGUCACUAUUCAUUGUAUAGACAAUGAAUGGAAGUAUCGAUCUGUAGUCCUUGAUUUUAUACCAUCGCGCGGUCGACAUACUGAGUUAGAUAUUGCAACGAUUUUCCACGAAUGUUUAUUGGAAUAUGGCAUAAUUGAUAAAAUACAGGGUAUCACGGUGGACAACGCAACUGCAAAUACCAAAUUUAUGUGUGAACUUGGCAAACAACUGCUGCAUUUUGAUUCAGACAAUCAACAUUUCCGGUGCUUUGCUCACAUUUUGAACCUUGGUGUACAAGAUUUACUAAAGACCUUAGCAUUACACAGUGAAACUGACAAUAAAGAAUUGCUGACUCACGUACAGGUAUUACAAAAUUACGCAGUAUUUCCAGUAAAAUAA